AUGUCUGCUCCGGAAUCUUCAAAAUCGCCGGUUCCUCAACCCGGGUCUUCUGGUGGAGGUAAUAAAUUGGACAGUCUUUCGAAAGAAGAUUUGGUGAAAUUCGCCAAAAAACAAGUUGCUCAUCUAGCCGAAAUGAAGAAAAAUCAAGGUGCACUCAUGGAAAAAUUGAAUCACCCAAUGGAAUGCACAGAAUGUUUAUCGAAAAGCGAAUCAUUGAUAGUAUUGGAAAAAGAAAUUGUAGAAUGGAAAGAGAAAGCUACUCGUGCCGACAUGUUCUCUCUAGAACUACGUGAUUUGGAAUCCAAAGUCGAUCAGUUGAAUCGAGCUCUCCGCGAAAAAACUGAAGCUCUUGUAAAAGCACAAGAGGUCAUUACAGAAAACGAUAUGGCUGUUAACAACAUGAAAAAAGAAACGAGCACUUCUAGAACCUCGAUUGAAAAACUCACAGAAGAAAAUACUCGACUCACAAAAGCAUUUCAAGAUGAGAAAAUGAAGAGUGGGGAUUUUGAAGCUCGUUUAAAGUCUGCCGAAUGUCGUAUUGCUGAGUUGUCAGAUCAACAAGGGAACGAGAAAUUAGGAUUGGCUAGGAAAAUAGCUGAAAGUGAGAAUAGAGGUAGAAUACUCGAAGAAGCAGUCGACGUUUUGAAAAGCGAGAAAGAAAAACUGCUUUUGAAAAACGAAGAGUAUUCCUCGAGACUAGAAGCUGCCGAGAAGGAAUUUGCAGAGUUUAAGAAAAAAUCUCACUUCGUACUAGAGAAGAAAGGAAAACAGGAAGAUGAAACAAGACAUGUUUAUGAAGAAUUGGAGAAAGCUAGAAUGACAAUAGCGGAGUUGGAACAACAAGCAGAUCAGACAAGACAAGAACAUUUCAAGACAGUAGACGAUCUAGCUUCUUCUCGGGAUAAAUUAGAAAGACUCGAGAAAACUUUCAAAGCCAUAAAAUCAGAAAUCACUGAAACUGAAAAAAAUCAUAAUAAUGCUAUUGACGAGCUUCGAUCAAGCUCUUCCAAACUCAUUCAAAGACUAGACGAGGACUUAAGAUUGAUGAGAUCAUCACGUGACACAGCUGAACAAAAAAUUAAAGAUCUUGAAAUGGCAAAGGAAAAAGUAGAUCAUCUCCUUAACAAUGAGCGACAACGAAGCGAGAAUGAAAAUGGGAGUUUGAAGGCCAAGCUGACCAAUGCGACAAAACAAAUUCAACUUUUGGAGAAAGAAGUUCAAGACGUGAAAGCCGAUUGUGAGAACCGAAAGAUUCAAAGUGUCCAGAACCAACAACACAAAGCGAUUGCUGCUGUGAUUCCACAGCAAAUGCAACUUCCUGAACACCCAGUACCACCAAAUCAUUGCCAAAGACCAGCAGUGGCUCCAUCUGAUUCUGUAUCUUGUUACGACGAGCAGACACAGCCUGAUCGAUCACUGGAGGAUGUUUUGUACGGAGAUCUUGGUGAUGAAUACAGAGUAGAAUCGGAUGAGCUGUUAGAAGAGAGAUUCAAAUCAUUGAUGGAACAGCUCGAAAACUUGAAAAAGACAAAUCAUCACGUUGCAGAACUUCUCAGCGAAGCAGAGACGGCUAAUGGUAGAUUGACUACUCAGAACUCAUUGCUGAAGGAUGAAAUUCGAAGACUCGAGAGAGAAGAAAAACGGGAAGCGGAGCUUUCAAACGAGAAAAAUAUGGAAUAUUUGAAAAAUGUAUUCGUUCAGUUUUUGAAGCCAGAAAGUGUUCCCGCAGAACGAGAUCAAUUGGUUGUAGUCAUACAAAGAGUUCUUCAUUUAUCGCCGAAAGAAGUGGAAAUUCUGAAGGCAGCAUCAGAAUUCAUCUACAUUUCAACUGAAGCCGCCUUGUCAUAA